CUCUGCCGCACUUCUCUCUAUCUCUCUCGCUCUUCCCCCUGAGCACGGCUCUCUCUCUUUAUUCGCGACAGAGACGUCGCGAUUUUUCCCUCUCCUCCGCACGAGCCGCGCCAUUUCCGGUCGUCUUCUUUGCCUCGUUUAGCAGAAUCUCUGUGGUUGUGACUAACAGAAAAUGAGUUCCUCGGCCUUCAGUUCGUUUGGCUUUGACAGUGGCUGCCUAUGGAAGGACCAAAUGAAGUAUGGUAAGUCCAAGAGGCGAAGUGCAGGGAAGGUGUUUGUUAAAUGUUCCGUGAAUGCCAAAGCACAGAACACAGAAAAGUCUGUUCGCAUUGGUGUUCUUGGAGCUAGUGGCUACACUGGUUCUGAGAUUGUUCGGCUCCUAGCAAAUCAUCCUCAUUUUGGCACUACCUUGAUGACUGCUGAUAGAAAAGCCGGCCAAUCGAUUGGAUCAGUGUUUCCUCACCUAAUCACACAAGAUCUACCAAGCAUGGUUGCUAUUAAGGAUGCCGAUUUUUCUAGUGUUGAUGCUGUUUUCUGUUGUCUGCCACAUGGAACAACACAGGAGAUUAUAAAAGGCCUACCAAAGAGUUUAAAGAUUGUUGAUCUUUCUGCUGACUUCCGGCUACGGGAUACAUCUGAGUACAAAGAAUGGUAUGGUCAGGAACAUAGAGCACCGGAUUUGCAGAGGGAAGUUGUAUAUGGUUUGACAGAGGUUUUCCGAGAGGAAAUAAAGAAUGCACGCCUAGUUGCUAAUCCUGGGUGCUAUCCAACAUCAAUUCAACUUCCCCUUGUUCCAUUGAUAAAGGCAAAUCUCAUAGAAUUUAGAAACAUUAUCAUCGACUCAAAGUCAGGUGUUAGCGGGGCAGGCCGUGGUGCCAAGGAGGCAAAUUUGUACACUGAAAUAGCUGAAGGCAUCUAUUCUUAUGGUAUUACUCGACAUCGUCAUGUUCCAGAAAUUGAACAGGGGUUAACAGAUGCAGCAAAUUCGAAGAUAACCGUUAGCUUUACCCCACAUCUAAUGCCAAUGAGCCGUGGUAUGCAAUCAACCAUAUAUGUGGAAAUGGCUUCAGGAGUAACUACUGAGGACUUACACCAUCAAUUGAAGAGAGCUUAUGAGGAUGAAGAAUUUGUUAUUUUACUGGAGAAGGGAGUCGUUCCUCACACUCAAAAUGUUCGGGGAUCUAAUUACUGUGUCAUAAAUGUCUUUCCUGAUCGAAUUCCCGGUCGAGCAAUAAUUGUGUCUGUUAUUGACAAUCUUGUUAAGGGAGCUUCAGGCCAAGCUUUGCAGAAUCUUAAUCUGAUGUUGGGCUUUCCAGAAAGCACAGGGCUUCUUUAUCAACCCUUGUUUCCUUGAAGAUUUUCUUUCAUCUGCCUCAAGAAGAGUAAUAAUGCGUAGAAACUGUGCAAAAAUUUCAGUCUCUUUAUUUCUCAGCUAGACAGCUGGUAUUUUAGGAGGG